GAGCUAAUUUGCCCAGGUUUCAAAGGGUUAAAAUCCAUUUGAAAGGACGUGUUUAGAACAUGGUAAGCGGAGUCACUGAAGUUGACUUCAUCUGAUAGGAUUUUGCGUAGUUCAGUAAACUAUUGUAUUGUAUAAUGGCAGCAACAAGUAAGACAUCUUUAAAACAGCAGUGUUAUGGGCCAGAUUACAGCCAGUCCUAAACGAUUUACUGCAAUUCUGGGAACUUAAAUGAAGGCUAUCUGAUCUGUAACUCUAAACACAGAGUUAAUCUUUGCAAAUACCCAACUGAAGCAGACACAUUUCUAUCAGUACCAAUGGAAUUAAGGCAUCCUCUAAAGCAGUAACAAAAGCUUGCACGAGCAAACAUGCAUCACGGGACAACAAGCAUCCCGUGUCAUGAAAGCUCAGAGAUCUGUUUCGUGCAGGGUGAUGUAAGGGCUGGACCAGGUGGAAACACGGACAAGAAAGGGAAGAGCCCGUCUCAGGAUGGGUGUGGCUUGAGUGGAGAGGUGCAGGACGAGUCCUUUUGCCCAGCCAGGCAGAAGAAGCAACAGUUGACACUCAGCGCAGAGCUGUGGGCCCCAGUGGAGGGGCUGCUAAUCUGCUGGUCAAGUACAGGAGGGGAUAUCAACUCAUCCAAUAGCUCAGAUUAAGCUCAGGGGGCUUUAGGGGCAAACAACCUGCUUUUCAUUGUGUGAUCGGGACGAGCGAGGACCACCAGCGCCAUGAGAGCUGUCCAGUACUGUCCGCUGCUCCUGCUUUCUCUGGUCCUGAUAGCAACCAACAGCGAGGCUCUGCGAUGUUACACCUGUAUGGGCUCAAAUAACGAAGACUGCAACCGGCAAGGCUCCAAAUCUUGUCCCAGCUAUUCUGAUGCCUGCGCUACGGUGGUGGGCCACAACAGUGGGGUGAUGAAGUCGUGCUCCUACAGGUCUUUCUGUAGUCAGGCCAACAGCCAGGGCUACAGAGCACCAGGUGUCAGAGUUCACUGCUGCUACAGUGAUGACUGCAAUGUGACGAGCUUCGCCUCCGGGCUGCCAGGACUCAACUAUCUGCUGCUGUUCCUGCCUCUGUUGUUCCACUGCUUUUUCAAGUAGACUUUCAGCCCGACUUCAAAAUGCCAACAAGCAUCCAUCUGCAACAUGAAUGCCAACUACUGUUA